ACAUCGGUCAGCAUUUUAACCAAUCCAGAGUUGCGGUAAUCUCUUUCAGUGAUGAACCGCGAUUGGAAUUUACAUUAAGCAAUUGCACCGAGAAAAAAGACGUACUGGAGGCCAUCAGAAGAAUUAGCUACAUGUCUGGCGGAACCAACACCGCAUCUGCCAUCCACCUGGCUGUGAACGAGGUGUUUAAAUCAAAAACUGGUGCUAGAAAAGGAGUAAAGAAUAUAAUUGUUGUUAUUACUGAUGGAGAAAGCUUUUCGGAGUCUGAAACAAAAAAAUCGGCUUCGCAGGCAAGACAUAUGGGAAUCAAUCUGUUUGCAAUAGGAGUUGGAACCAGUGUGAAUGUGAAAGAGUUACGUCUAAUUGCUGGAAGUUCCGAACACGUCUACCAAGUGUCGAAUUACGAAGAUCUUAAAAGUAUCAAGGAUGCCUUGAUCAAUAAGACUUGCAUAGAAAUUCAUCAAUCAGCAUACACCACGAAUUUAGAAGAAAACACGCCAUUGGAUGAUACCGUGGACAUGAAAAAAAUUCAUCAGUCAACAAACACCACAGAUUUAGAAAAAGAUAAAACGUUGAAUUGGACCGUGGACUUUGAAAAAAUUCAUCAAUCAAAAAACAACACAGAUUUAGAAAAAGAUAAAGCGUUGAUUGGGACCUUAAACUUUGAAAAAAUACAUCAAACAACAAAUACUUCGAGCAUAGAAGACACGCCACAGAAUGAGACUGUGGAUUUUGAAAAAAUUCAUCAGUCAACAACUACCCAGAUUUUACAAGAAGACACUCCAAUAAAUAAAACAGUGGAGAUAGAAUAUUGUAGUGGAAAGCCAGCUGAUGUUCUUUUCCUGCUAGAUUCUUCCAGCAGCAUAUCUCGCAAUGAUUUCAAAAAGCAACUUAGUUUCAUCAAAUCGGUUGUAAAUGUAUUUGACAUUAAUCCACAAAAAACUGCGGUAGGAGUAUCCACUUUUAGUGAUGAUUUUCGGUCUGUUAUCCAUCUCAAUGAAUUCACGUCAAAGGAGAGUAUUUUCAAGGCUGUCGACAAAGUUCCUUAUCUCAGAGGCGGGACAGACACAGGGAAUGCCCUUAAGAACAUAAUAGACUUUGAUUUUAAAUUCGCUCGUCCAAAUGUUGCCCACAUCCUUAUUAUUAUAACUGAUGGUUUAUCACGUGACCCUUUUGAGACUUUUCUACAAGCGAGCAAACUUAAGAAAACCGGAGUUUCUAUUUUUGCGAUAGGUGUGGGGCCUUUUGUGGAUCAGAAAGAACUAAAAACUAUGGCAAGCCCUCCAAAAGAAGGCCUUGAUUUUGUAUUCAACUUCUCAACGUAUGAUGCGUUACAUUCUAUUAAGAAUCUACUUGCCAUCAAAACAUGUGUCAUUGCUGGACUGCAUAUGAAAGACCGUCCAAUUUGCAUUUUGAACAAACCCGUUGACAUUGUCUUCACCUUUAAUGCUGCUACAAUUGGAAAUCGUGGCACUCGAAGUAUUUUGAAAACAGUCCAAAACUUUGAAAAAUUGAGAUUUCAAAAUGAAUCAGACAUGCGUGUUGGCGUCAUUUCUCAAUCAUGUGCUUAUGGGGGUGACCUUCCAUUACAGACCCCAAACAAAAAUUUAGCAGUAACAUUUGAUAAGAUGUCUUUCCUCAUUAAAAGAACGAAAAGCUAUGGAUUGACCGAGGAGAAUGGUGCCAGAAGCGAGGCAGUCCACAUUGUUGUUCUAAUUGUUGACACACUUCUGACAAUGGAGGACGAGAUAGAGAUUCUGGAGUUAGAGGCUAUUGUAAAUAAAAUGUAUAUUGCCUACGUGGGCAACAUUCACAAUAAAAAUUCCAUUCUCAGUGUUUCCUCGGCUUCUGUGACAACUCUUUCAUUGGUUGACUUCACGGCUAUAGAGAGCCUAUCGGGAUAUCUUCAAGAGGAAAUAUGUCAAAUGGUUCAGAUUAAUUAAAAAAGAAGCAAGAAACAGAUCAAAACUAGUAAAAAAAGGUAUAAAUUAAAAGACAUCAAAUGAAAAUCAAACAAUCAAGCAAUACUUUUUUUAAUUGUUAGUACUUUAUUUUCUUCUGAA